CAAAGGCCACUGCAUGGCAGAAUCUAACUGAAAAAAGAGCUAAGUUCUUUUUUUCCCUCAAACUAAGUUCACCUUCUUCAGGAGGGCCUGAGAAGCCUCUGAGAGGAUAUGAAUCUGACACCGGUACAACUUGCAGAUGGAAAUGUUUAACUACUGAUCUUUAUGUGGCAGGAGGGUACUUCUGAAACUUCAAAAUCCUUAUUGGUCAUGCUAGACUCAAAGAGCUCCUGGAUCCUCUCGGCCUACACCAUCAUCUUCCUCACUGGUCUCCCAGCCAACCUCCUGGCCCUUCGGGCCUUCCUGGGCCGGGUCCGCCAGCCUCACCCUGCACCUGUCCACAUCCUCCUGCUCAGCCUGACACUGGCGGACCUCCUCCUGCUGCUGCUGCUCCCCUUCAAGAUCUGUGAAGCUGCAUAUAACUUCCAAUGGCCUCUGCCUGAGGUAGCCUGUGCGCUCACAGGUUUCGGCUUCUACAGCAGCAUCUACUGCAGCACGUGGCUGCUGGCAGGCAUCAGCAUCGAGCGCUACCUGGGAGUGGCUUUCCCCGUGCGGUACAAGCUGUCCCGGCGGCCUCUGUAUGGAGUGAUUGCUGCUCUGGUUGCCUGGAUCAUGUCCUUUGGUCACUGUACCAUUGUGAUCAUCACUCAGUACUGGGACUCAUCACAGAACACCACAAAAACCACAAAUUUUACCUGUUAUGAGAACUUCACCGACACCCAGCUAAAGUUUUUGCUUCCUGUGAGACUGGAGCUCUUCCUCGUCCUCUUCUUGAUCCCCAUGAUGGUCACCAUCUUCUGCUACUGGCGCUUUGUGUGGAUCAUGCUCACCCAGCCCCAUGUGGCAGCCCAGAGGCGGCGCCGAGCUGUAGGGCUGGCUGUUGUGACACUCCUUAAUUUCCUGGUGUGCUUUGGGCCUUAUAAUGUGUCCCACGUGGUGGGGUAUGCCACAGAGAAGAGCCCUGCAUGGAGAGCAGAAGCUGUGGUAUUAAGUUCCCUCAACGCCAGCCUGGACCCCCUGCUUUUCUAUUUCUCUUCUUCAGAUGUGCGCCGAGCCUUUGGAAAAGGGCUUCAGAUACUGCGACAUCAGGGCUCCUCUCUGUUGGGACGCAGAGGCAAAGAAGUAGCAGAGAUGACAAAUGGGGACAGGGGUGUGAGUCAAGCAGAAGGAGCACCGAGUUCUGAUUUCACCACAGACUAGGGAGGUUCCUGGACCUCUGGAGGCACUGGGGGACACAUAUGGGUUGAGCGGGUUGGGAGAGGGAAAGCUUGAGAGUUUCAGGUUCAGGAAUCUUCAGACCCAACCUAGUACUGGCACUGUAAAAAUCUCUCACCUUCCCAAAAGAACACAGCUCCCUGACAAAAGGAGAAAUAGCUAAGGUUAGGAGCACUAUUGGGCCAAGUUUUAGAAGCAAUGUCGCUAAUAUGAAUUUAGUCCUUGUGAGGUGGUCAGUGAUCAGGCUGAAGCAGAGAAUCCUGAAGCAAUUUUGCCAUAAGCUUUGUAAAAACACCUGGGUGCUGGUAUAGUUGUUGAUGCUGGAAAUAAGCCAAUGUGAAAGAGAUGGAAGAGAAAUACUAAAUGAGGUCAAAGAAUACUCAGGAAAGUUCUGAGCCAAGGGGACUGGGAGAGACGGCUGAGGGCUUAGGUCUCUGAUGCUCUAGACUUGCACUGUAUUAAUCAAGCCUGCUGCUUUGUAAGUGUGCUCCAACCAUCUUCACGUGUGUAUCUUCUCUCCUCCAUUAAACUGGGAGCGUCCUGAGGCUGGGUCUUGUCUUCUCCCUCCAUGGCACCCCACACAUGUCAGGAUACAGCUUGGCACCCAUCAGUCAGAGCUCAAAACUGACUAGCACAAGAAUAGACAGCUUGGUCCAGCAGACUGAAAAAUAAAGAUUUUAAA